GCCUCAGUCUGUUGGAAGGUCAAUCCCGUCCAAUCACAUGGGAUCAGCUGCAGAUUGUUGACAAUGACAACCUGAAGGCUGUGAGGAUCAUCACUGUGGAUGGCCUGCAGCACGGCAGACUAACUGUUAGAGGUGGAAAAGGUUUCAUGUUCACGGUGAAGGAUGUUAAGGAUGGUGCGGUACACUACCAUCAUGAUGACAGUGACACUACUAAAGAUUUUAUAGUUUUCCGGAUUACUGAUGGUUUACAUCAAACUAGACACAAGUUUCCAAUCAACAUCCUGCCCAAAGAUGACAGUCCACCCUUCCUCAUUACCAAUAUGGUGCUGGAGCUGUCUGAAGGUCAAACGGGUCUUUUGAGAGGAUCCAUUUUGCAAGCUUGUGAUAUGGACUCAAGUGACGACUACAUCAUGUUCAACAUCACCAGACCUCCUCAGGCAGGGGAAAUCAUGAAGAUGCCUGGUCCUGAGAUAACAGGAUACCCUGUUACCCGUUUUCUUCAGAAGGACCUCUUCCAUUCCAUCAUCUACUAUCGGCACUCAGGCAGUGAGGUGUUUGAUGACUCUUUUGAGGUGGUGCUCUCUGAUUUUCAUGACCCUCCUAAUCUUUCAGAGCCUCAGGUCAUUGUGAUCCAAAUCCAGCCAGUCCCUGAUCAGCCUCCACAAGAGGCACCGGGUGUGGCCAGGCACUUGGUUGUCAAUGAGACUGAUGUCACCUACUUGACCAAGCAACAGCUGCACUUUGUUGACUUGGAGUCACCAGACAGUGAGCUCACAUACACCGUAACCACCCCACCUUUCUACAGCACCACCUAUGGAGGGUCUGAUGCAGGAAGGUUGUUUCUGGUUGAUAGCAUCCCAAAAUUUAAAAAGGACCCAAAUGCCCCGAUGCUGAGACUUUUCACUCAGAAUGCAGUCAACUACAUGAAAGUUGCUUACAUGCCUCCCAUCCUGGACAUUGGACCCUACCCUCAGCACAUCCAGUUUAUCCUGUCGGUGACCAACCAGCAAGGCAGCAUGACCGCUGGAAUCUGCUUCAACAUAACGAUUCUGCCAGUGGAUAACCUGGCACCAGAGGUACAUGUGAGACAGCUGACGGUGGAUGAGGGUGGAGAGAGCUGGGUGAGUGAAGAACACGUGCGUCUAAAGGACCAGGACUCGCUCGAGGACUCGCUGCACGUGGAGCUGAAGAAGAAACCCCAGCAUGGCAGUAUUUACCUGGAUGGCACAGCUAUGAGUCCAGGCCAGACUUUCACAGUCAGGGAUCUGAAAAGCCUAAAAGUUAGAUAUCACCAUGACAGCUCUGAGACAGAACAUGAUGAUAUUAAAUUCAUUGCCACGGAUGGGAUAAAUAUUGCUGACUUUGAACUACAUGUCAAGGUGACGCCAGUCAAUGAUGAGGCGCCAGUGCUAGUGCCAGGUUUGAAACCCGUUUUAGCCUGUGCAGAGGGACAGGAAGUGGUCAUCACCAUUGAGUACAUCUGUGCCACAGAUCCUGACAGCGAUGACAGCACAUUGAUGUACAUGAUCGCCAGACAGCCAUAUCAUGGGGUAGUUCAAAGAAAUGACAUCGUGGUUGACCGCUUCAUUCAAGCAGAUGUAACUGCUGGCUUAAUUUCCUAUAGACACACAGGACACGAGAUUGGGCUACAACCACGUCAUGACAUUGUCACGUUUGUGAUCUCUGAUGGAGAAUCAGGGCUACUUCCCUCCUGUUGCAGUGACAAAGCCACUAUAUUCAGUGCACAAACACCUGAAAUACAGAAUUCCCUUCCUGUCUAUGACCUUAAUAUCACCGUUUAUCCUGUGAACAACCAACCACCAUCUAUUGCUGUUGGAGAGGUGUUUGUGGUGAAUGAAGGAGGGUCAGCUUCUAUCACGGUGACCCAUCUGAGAGUUGAAGACCAAGACUCUGCUCCAGAAGAUCUUAAGCUCAUCCUGGUUGCUCCUCCACAGUUUGGCUACAUAGAGAACAUCCUGCCUAGUCCAGGAUUUGAAAAGAGCAACAUGGGAAUCAGUAUCGCCUCUUUCACCUACAGGGAUGUGUUGAAUGGACACAUUAACUAUGUUCAGUCUAGACACCAGAGGAUGGAACCGACCACUGACCAGAUCAUGCUGCAUGUGUCCGAUGGGAAACAGCAGUCCUCUUCAGUCCCGUUCUACAUCAUCAUCAGUCCGACCAAUGAUGAGAUUCCAGACUUCCUGGCCAGAAACAUAACGGUUCGGGAGGGAGACAUGAAAGAGUUGGACCCAUCUAUAAUCAGUGCAGUGGAUCUUGAUGUUCCCAGAGACCGUUUAAUGUUCAGCAUAGUCCAGCAGCCUCGGCACGGCUCCAUCAUGAGUGUCCCACACGGCAAUGAUGUGACGCAUUACAAGCGUGGAUCUGAGAUCCCUGUGGAGCACUUCACUAUGGAUGACCUCAGGAGUGGCAUGACUCUGAUGUACAUGCACGAUGACUCUGAGAGUGAGCAGGACGGAUUUAUUGUUCAGCUCUCUGACGGAAAACACAAGCUCAAGAAACACGUACAGGUUAACGUACUGCCUGUCAAUGAUGAGGAACCACAAAUUAUACGAAACAUUGGCCUUGAGAUGGAGGCUGGGGAGUCCAGACUGAUCUCCAGUGCUGUGCUUAGUGCUCAUGACAAAGACACUUCUUCUUCUGACAUCAUCUAUGUGUUUGAGAGCAUACCGAGUCAUGGUGUCAUUCAGAUGAAG